AUGGACCAAUUAGUAGCUGCUACUCUCUCGAAGAGGCAUGGUGGCGAAGAGGAUGCCACCUUUGUAGCCUGCAACAACGGCAACGACUACAAUGGCCAGCUCAAUCUGCGCAUUGUUGCCGUUUUCAUCAUGCUUGUUGGCUCCUCGGCUGGUGCUAUUCUACCUGUCUUUGCUAGGCGCGACCCAAACUCACCCUCAAAACCCAAGGUUCCUUCAUGGGUGUUCUUCGUCGCCAAAUUCUUUGGCUCUGGUGUCAUCAUUGCCACGUCCUUCAUCCACCUUAUGGCCCCUGCACACGAAGCACUCUCCCAUCCUUGCUUAACAGGCCCCAUCAAAGAAUACCCCUGGGUCGAAGGCAUCAUGCUCAUGACCAUCAUCAUCCUCUUCUUUGUUGAGCUGAUGGUCAUCCGCUAUGCACGUUUCGGCCAUGACCAUGACCACCCGAAACCGGAACGCCAGGUUGAAACAGGCGUUGUCACUGCGGAGCCUAAGUCGGCCAAUGGCUCAGACAACCACAGCCAUAACCACGAUCACCUUGGACACUCCCAGGAUCACCCAUCGGACGGCGGCUCCGAUGUUGUCGAGGCCUCUCAUAUGGCGUUAUUGGAAGAUUACAGCGCACAGCUAACUUCUGUCUUCAUCCUGGAAUUCGGCAUCAUCUUCCACUCAAUUUUCAUAGGACUCACCCUUGCCGUUGCUGGAAAAGAGUUCAAAACACUAUUUAUUGUGCUUUCUUUCCACCAGACCUUCGAGGGUCUCGGCCUUGGUUCUCGGCUCGCCACUAUCCCAUGGCCCAACUCAAAAAGACACACCCCUUACCUCCUGGCGAUCGCCUUUGGCCUAUCGACACCCAUUGCCAUCGCCAUUGGUCUGGGUGUGCGCAAUUCCUACCCUCCGGAGGGCCGCACAACACUCAUUGUCAACGGCAUAUUCGAUUCUAUCUCGGCCGGCAUUCUCGUGUACACGUCACUAGUCGAGCUGAUGGCCCACGAAUUUAUGUUCAGCACAUCCAUGCGGCGGGCACCCAUCCGAACCGUCCUGUCUGCUUUCGGCCUAUUGUGUCUUGGAGCCUUGCUGAUGGCGCUACUCGGAAAAUGGGCUUAG